GAAAGCGACCUCAAUGAAACGUAUUCAUUCGAAUUUUCCAGCAGCACGUCCUGGUCGUGUGUGCGCAAAAAUGGAGCGGAAGCAAAGAAGUUCCGCCUCACCUUUGAUGCCGCCAAUUGCAGGCUCUGGUGGGGAGAGUCCUACUUUAUGGAUCCAUCCGAUGUUGUCCAACAACCGGAGCGAGUUCAAUGGUACCGUGCUUCGGACCGGACCAAGAAACGAGCAGCUUUUCUAUGGAAAAGGCAGAUGA